GUUCAUUUGGAAAUAUACAAAAGCAUUUCCCCUUUACACUGGGAAAGACAAAAGGAAAAGGGAAUAAUUUACUCGACCUCCUUUACAAUUUUAUAUGUAGCAUCAAAACUCCUGUCUUUAAAUCUUGAUGCUCAAAUGUUGCUUGUUAGGCAGCAGACUCUAGCAAAUCCGUUUCAUGAGCAAAAGGGUGAAAACCCACGGAAAUGCACAAUGUGUUUAUUUAAACAACAUCCCACUGUUUUAAAGAAGAGAUUCAGACCACAUCAGUUCACCCCCAGUUCCACCUAAAAGGUUGCAAACGAGGUGGUGGAGAAGGAAAAGACACUUAGACGCUUGUUUGUCAUCUAUUUUAUCCCUAUUAGCGGCCGGCUUUAAACUGAGUCCUCCACUUGUCAGUUUAAUGAGCGGCUGCGAUCCAGUUCUGUUGGCUUCAGCCAGCAGCCCCCCGAAAACCAGCGGGCUUGCGGGGGGCUAGAAUUUUGAAACUUUCCGGGGCUGCCAGCAGUCUGUGAUUGGCCCUGGCAGAUGUAACCUCCAUGCAAAUGAAGCCACGCCACCCCGCCGCCUGGAGAUCAGUAGAGAUCUGAGAGAGAAAGGAGCAUGCAUUCAGGCUGGGCAAGCUCAGGGAAAACCUGCAAAGACACGCCAAAAACACACCCCAAAACACAACCAAAACAAGUCCAGACAAGCCCCCCCCAGCCGCCCCCGACCCUCAGGCACACGCAUUCACACACACCUUCCCCCAGAGUGGCUCUAAAGGGAGAGCUUUCUUCCUCUUAUUUCUUAUGAACCCAGGAUGAGCAACAAAGAAGACCCGAGCAAGUGUUGCCCCGCAGCCGCUCCGAUCUCCAGUUUUACCAUCCAGUCCAUCCUGGGCAGCGGUACCUCGGAAGGGGGCAGGGAGCCCAGUUCCAAGGCAGCGGCCGCCUGGCCGAGCAGGAAGCGAAGUCUGUCGGUGUCCUCAGAGGAAGAGGAGCCGGAGGAGAGCUGGAAACAUCACGGCUGCUUCUGUCCUGAGACGCAGGGCCCCAAAGAAACUUGCCACAAACACCAGCCCAUCAGUUUCACGUGUCUCAGCAAUCCAAAGGGAAAUGGAGGAGCAAUGACGGUAAAUACGGACAGGACGCAGUUCCUCUCCCAAUCCCAACAGGACUUGAAGGAGGAAAAAGAGAAACACUUCCCUCCAAACUCCCCGUCUUCUGGGGACAGACAAAGGGACGGAGGGGACAGACAGGCUAAUUCAGCCAAAAAGAAGACCCGCACUGUUUUCUCCCGGAGCCAGGUGUACCAGUUGGAAUCUACCUUUGACAUGAAGAGGUACCUGAGCAGCUCGGAGAGGGCCUGCUUGGCCUCCAGUUUGCAGCUGACGGAGACCCAGGUGAAAACCUGGUUCCAGAACCGCAGGAACAAAUGGAAAAGGCAACUCUCGGCAGAACUGGAGGCGGCCAAUAUGGCUCAUGCCUCAGCCCAGACACUAGUGGGGAUGCCCCUGGUUUUCAGAGACAAUUCCCUUCUGAGAGUGCCGGUACCCAGGUCUAUCGCCUUCCCAGCCCCUUUAUACUACCCAGGCAGCAACUUGUCAGCCUUACCUCUCUAUAAUCUCUACAACAAGAUCGACUACUGACUCUGAAAGCCGAUGGCACUGUCUCCUUCUCUGUAUAGCUCUCCGCUAGCCGCGAUGACCGUUCAUAGAUUUCACCCGUCUGUAUCAGCAGGAAAACAAAUGUGCUUCUUGCAAUGUUAAGAAAUACACCAUGUGUAUUCAUUAUUUUUA